AUGCCCACCGACUCCGGCGCGAGUCCUCCGGGCGAUGAAUCGGAGGACGAGGCCGAAAGUGAUUACGAUGGGCAGCGACGACCAUCGGCAAUCCGUGGCCGUCCGCCGGCCGAUGCACCGGCCGACGCGGAACGGUACGUCCGGCUGCAGGAGGAGGAACACAUCGAGCCGUCCGUCGUCGUGCUGAAGAAUGGGUUCGGCCACCCUCCGGAGGGUGGCCCGGUGACGGUCGAGUCACUGCUAAAGGCGGGCGGAAAAUUGACUUUUAAUCUAACCCCCGAGCAACUCGGCUUGCCGCCGGUGCCCGCCACCGGGGGUCGCGCGAACCGCCACCUGAGGACGCCCUGCGACCGAAGUUCUCCGGUGCCGCCGGCCGAAGGAUGGCCCCGAAAGAGUAGUCUUCGGCGGGGCUCGAUGUACGGCAGCCAGCCGGAUCUCGUCGUGGCCGAGCCAACCCCAGCUCCCGGUUCGAAGACGAUGCCCCUCUCGACCGCGGGCUGCUCCCCAGGACCGGCCCGGCUCGACGAUGACCACUCGUUGGGCUCGAGGGGUUCGCUGGGAUCCACGGUCAGCUGUGGCCAUCGGUUACAGCAGCGGGUCCGGCAUAAAUUCGACGAGAUAUCCACCGUUUACGACCACUUUCCGACCGAGUUCCUGGCGGCCCGCUACCUGUGCGCCCUCUGCCGGAAGCUGCUUCGGGAGCCGCGCGUCCUUGACUGCCUACACACCUUCUGCCGGCCUUGCCUGGAGCGGUACGGAGCGGUCAGCGGCGGCCACCAGGACAGUGCCCUCUUCUGGAGCCACAUCAGCGACAGCAUCGGCUUCGAGUGGGACCCAAUUUCCAACGAUAAGGAGCCGGCGAGUCUGGACGCCGAACCGUUAAACAGCAAUCAUGUAGCCGAGACCCCGGGGGCUGGAGAGUCUCGGUUCGGGCAGCUGCGCACGUCCCUGCAAAGUUUCCGCGAGCAACACUGUCUGCGGUCACCGGUCCGAUCGGAGAAGGUAUGUGGCAAGGACAAAGUUCGGGCCCAGGUGAUGAUGUACGGCGACAAGGACAAGGUGCUCGUGUGUCCCACCUGCAGCCAGCCGACCGAGCUGGCGGGCGGAGUGGCCCAGCUGCCGCAGCACUUUGUGCUGGCGCGGAAAAUCGAGCACAUCGUGCGCCAGUACGGCCAGUCCUCGCCGACCGCGGCACCGUGCCGUCCGCCAUCCUCCGCUUACUGUGAGCUGUGCUCGGACGAGGUCACGGCCACGGCGUGCUGCACCACCUGCUCGUUGCAGCUCUGCACCCUCUGCAAGGAAGCGCACCGUCGGCAGCGCAGUACCGCGGCGCACGCCAUCGUGCGGUCGGGUAUGGAACUGCUGAGUCCCCCGUGGGGCCGCGUGGGACGGGACCAGGCGACGGUCACCGAUUCACCGAAGACGACGGUCCGGUGUCCGAUGCACCCGGAGCAGCAAUUAAAACUGUUCUGCACCACGUGCCAUCGGGUGGUGUGCGGUGAGUGCAGCGCGCUCGUGCACCAGGACCACCGCUGCACGAGCGUGGCCCGGGCCGGCAAGGUGUACGGCCGGUUCGUCACCAGCGCCAUCGAGCAGACGCGGCCCCUGGAGGACUACGCGCUGCAGGCGGUCGGCAAGCUGAACGACCUGACGGUGCGCGUCAACGGUCGCUGCGAGGCGGUCCAGCGUGAGAUGGACGCGUUCGUCGACGAGUACGUGGCUGCCCUCGAGGAGCACCGGAAGUCGCUGGCCGGCCAGAUCGCCGACAUCCGGCAGGCGAAGCUGGAGAUGAUCAUGGCGCAACGGUUAGACCUCGAGCGUCGGUCACAAAAUGCGCGAGCCGCGAUCGACUUUGCCGAGGAGCUGAUGGCCGAAGGCAGCGACGUGGAGAACCUUGUGUUCGUUAACAUCCUGCUGAAGCGGUUCGAGCAGUGCCUUCGGACAACGCGGGCCACCGACGGCCGGGUGACGGACACGGUCCAGUUCCUGGCGGACGAGGAAGCGCCGAGUGCGCGGGUCCAGACCGGCGUCCCACUGUACGGUAUCGUGACGACGCAGAAGGCGGAUCCUCGUCAGUGCACCGUGGAACACCCGGGAGCCGAGCUGGCCACGCUGAAGGCGCACAAGCGGGUCCUGCUGACGCUGGUGGUCCGCGACUACGACGGGCGUCGGCUCGCGUACGGCGGUCUAACGGUGCACACGGACCUCCGCUACCGGGACGACGAGGCGCACGCGGUGGCCAUGGCGCUGGUCGACAAUCGGGACGGUUCGUAUGGCCUCUCGUUCACACCGCCCCGCGCGGGCGUCAUGCAUCUGGCGAUAACGGUCGACGGAAGAACGAUCGAGGAGUGUCCGAUCGUGUUGCGGAUCCACAAGCUGCGGCCGCACUACGGCGUGUACCAUUGCUGUGCCUUCUGUUCGAGUGGCGGCUCCCGGGCGAGUACUUGCGCCUGCGGCAGCAUCAUGCCCGGUGGCUACCGAGGCUGUGGCCACGGCUACGAAGGACAUCCGGGCCAGCGGCACUGGUCGUGCUGUGGCAGCUCGCAGGAACACUCCGAUUGCACGGCCCGCCGGUCGAAGGCGAACGUCUAG